CACCGGAGACCGAAAACCAAAAACCAAAAGAAAGGGAGAGCAAAGAACACGAGGGAGAAGGAAAGCGAAGACUACACUCGGCUCUGUUCGUCGGAUUUCGAUCAAAUGGCCCGAGUUGCAUCCAGCUGUGCCAUCCUCAUGGCACAAAGGAGGGGAUUCUCCGCCGCGAUAACCGCCAUCGGAGUGUCGUCGAAGAAGGUCGAGGAGAAGGCGGUGAAGCUGGGCACGGCGGCGACCGAGGACACGACGGAGGACAAGACGGCGUUCUGGAAGCCUGAUCCCAAGACCGGCGACUACCGGCCGGUGACCGGCACCAAGGAGGUGGAUCCCGCGGACCUGCGCGCCGAGAUGUUCAAACGGAGGUUGCUGCAGCAGCAGCAGCAGCAGUGAUGCGCGUGCUGCAAACACGCCACGGGCCCAGGUUCACUUUGGUGCAAGGCCAUGUACAGCACAAUGUUGACGGGCGUGCUAAGGAAGAGUAUAUUUUACUAGGCGCCAUGUCGGACAACAACUUUUCAGGAAAUUGCUUCCUGUAUAUACACUUUUACGUGUUCUACACAAAUCGUCUGAAAUUUCUCAGUGGUUUGGCAGACCACGACAAGAUUUCAGCAAUUCGAUUGCAGGAAUUGCUAUCGAGCAACUUCUGAGUGCGCACGGACGUAGU